AUGAACAUUACGAACAGUGCAACCACCGCAGAUCGUUCAGGAAAUAUUACCGACAGCACUUCCGGCAGAGAAGUAAGUAACAUUUCUAUACAAUCAAACCAGUCUUCACAGUUUCAUAAAUUACCAAAGCUGACACUCCCAAUAUUUACCGGAAAUAUCUUGGAAUGGCAGACAUUUUGGGAUUCGUUCGAAUCGAGUUUUCAUAACAACGAAUCAUUAUCAGACGUCCAGAAAUUCAGCUACCUUAGGUCCUUAUUAUCAGAUGAUGCAGCCAGAGUGAUCGAGGGAUUCCAGCUGACCCAUUCUAACUACAUGCAAGCAAUUGAAUUGUUGCGUGAACGUUUCGGACAGGAACACAAAAUCGUAAAUGCAUACAUGCAAGGCCUACUCGAGCUAAAACGUCCAACAUGUAAUAUCCUUAGCCUAAGAUCAUUUCAGGAGAAAAUGGAAUCAUAUAUUAGAGGGUUACAGUCAUUGGGCAGUGCCAAGUUUCGUAUGGAAAUCUUCUGGUUCCCGUGA